AUGAAGUUCUCAUCAGGUGUUUUAUUAUCCGCUGCUGCUGCUCCAGCUUUAGGUGCUUCCUCAUACGCUAACGGUACCUCUACCGCUACCGAAUUGCAAACUACUGUUGUCACCAUCACUUCUUGUUCUGACAAUGCAUGUUCCACUGGUGUUGAAACUACCGGUCUUACCACUGUCACCAAGGACGAAACCGUCUACACCACCUACUGUCCAUUGACAGCAGCUGAAAGCACCUCUGCUGCUCCAGCUGAAACUAGUGCUCCAGCUGAAGCUGAAGCUACCAAGACCAACAUUGAAACCGCUGUUGUUACUAUUACUUCAUGUUCUGACAAUGCUUGUUCUACUGCUGUUCACACUACCGGUGUUACUACUAUCACUGAAAACGACACUGUUUACACUACUUACUGUCCAGUCAGUGAAGCUCCAGCUAGUUCCGCUCCAGCCGGUGAAGCUCCAGCCGGUACCACUCCAGCUGGCGAAGCCCCAGCCGGUACUGCCCCAGCCAGUGAAGCUGCUGCUGGUACCACUCCAGCUGGCGAAGCCCCAGCCGGUACUGCCCCAGCCAGUGAAGCUGCUGCUGGUACUACCCCAGCCGGUGAAGCUCCAGCCGGUACUGCCCCAGCCAGUGAAGCUGCUGCUGGUACUACUCCAGUCAGUGAAGCUGCUGCUGGUACUACCCCAGCUGGUCAAUCUACUGUUGCCGCUCAAUCUACUUCAGCUGCUGAAUCUUCAGUUGCUGCUGUUUCUGCUGCUGAAGGUGCCGCUAACAACAAGGCUGUUCCAGUCUUCGUUGCUGGUUUAUUAGCUGCUUUAUCCUUAUUGUAA